AUGGCGGCGCGUCGGUCGAUGGCGGGAGCGGGAGCGGCCGGCGGCGGGGAGGCGCCGCCCAGCACCCAGUGGUCGUUGAAGCGAUACGCGCGGUUCUUGGCGUCGGGUGGAGCCCCCAGCUCCUGGAAGGUUUUUGAAUCCAGUCCGGAAAAGGGUUUUCUCUCCUUGGUUAUUGUGCAGUCAGGACAUUUCCUUAUCUCUCAAGGUGGGGCAACCUUGUUGGAAGGAUUUUCUCUAAUUGAAGCUCACAAGUGGUGGAAGGCGGUACGUAGAGCGGAUUGUGUGCUCUUUGGAUCUAAAGUUAAGAAUGAAAGCCGUAUGUUUCGAGUGCAGUUCAGUGGUGAUUCACAUGAACAAGCUCUGGAGCACUGCUCUAACUGCGUGCAAAAACUACUUCUCUAUAUAGAUGUACAAAAUCCUGAGGGAACGAAUGUGAAUCGAGCUCUAUUGUUGAGCCAACCAGCUAACAACAACCAGUCUGGAAGUCUGGAGGCACAUGGCACAGAGGAAGGGCAAACAGUAACACAAAGCACCCUGUCUGAGGCUAGGAUGUCAAUAAAACAACUAGCAAAGUCUAUCCUAGGAGAUAAAUCUAAUCUGCCAUUGGCCUAUCAGCAGUCAGCAUUGAACACUGAAGAGUUGGCUCCUUUCUUGAAACUCUGUCUUAUGGAUCAGGGCUUCCCAGCAUUUGUGGAACAAGUGGAACGGGAACUUAAAAAGCUGAUGGAAGAAUGACUGCAGUUUGACUUGUCUUCCACUGCUUCUGCAUAAGAGAAUUGCUAGAAGUUGCAUUAGUUUUCAUUAAUUCUUUCCAUGUUGGCUUUCUUCUCCUCAACACAUUGAAUCUCUUUAUUUUAGCCUUUCUAUUCUAGAUUAUUUAUUAGC